ACAAAUAUUUAAAGAUAUGAAAUGACUUCAAUUCAUAGCAGUAUUAUACCAGUGGCACAUCUAUAGAUUUAGUCUGGGAGGGGCAGUGGCAAUAUUUAAGGAAAAAAAAUUUCACAAAACACAACAACAUCACAAAAGUAUGAAUUAAUGGAAAUCCUCUAAUAAGGGGAAGAAGACAUAAACAUCCAGUGGCGUGCAGUACCAUUUACAGUAGGAUGUCAACUCUAUACAACCAAACGUUCGAUUUGACCUUUAUUGCCAGUUGCUAAGGUAACACGACCAUAACACGACUUUACCUCUGACUUUACCAUUUACAUACAAAACAUACAAAUGGUAAACAUGUCAAACAUGUUCACGGUAAAGCACAAUGAAUGCAUUGGUUUUGAAUCCAGGUGGAAAGUAAAAAAGCUUUCCACCGACACCACAACACAAACAACUGAAUUCUCUGUUUCUGAGAAAGCUUGCAGUACAUUAGAACAUGAAAGUAAAGAUGUCCAGACAAUAUCUACCGAAACCGAGACGCAUAAAGAAGUCGAUAUGGAAAAACUGGCGGAAUGGCUAAAUCGAAUCUAUCCAUCAGUGAAAAAGCAAAUUGACAACGUUAAUAACAGUAAAGUUCUCAAAAAUUAUAAACUAUUAGACGAUAACACUGAUGUCACUUGUAAACUAAUACAGCAGCUUAAAGUUAAUGCAAUAAAUGAGAAUGGCGACAAAGCGCUAUCUAAAAUAUCCUGUGCUAUUUGGAACUACAGUGGAAAAUGUCUGGCAGUUUCAUCUAAUUUCAAGCAUAAGUCAUGGUGUUAUCACCCUGGACAAGCCUUGAUCUACCCAUUUUCUAGAGAAGAAAAGUUGUCCGAAAAUCCUAAAAAAAGACUAGCAACUGAAUCUUGCGUAACCGUAUUAAAAUUUCAUCCUACAAAUGAUGAUAUUUUAGCAGCUGGUACUUUUACAGGGCAAGUUUAUAUAUGGAACGUAAGCAAUGAUAUUGAUCCAUUAUUAUGCAAUUUAUCCGUACAUGAACAAGCGAUAACUCAAAUAUCCUGGGUAAACGAUGCCGAAAAUUCCAAGAAUCUGAAUUUAGCUACAUCAAGCACAGAUGGAUUAUUGAAAAUGUGGAUUUUCUCAAACACUGAAGCGUCUUUAACGCCAAAAAUUGUUUUUAAAAUUAAACCGCCAAUAUUUGGAAAAUUAAAUCAUUCCACAACAGUGCCAAUAUCUCUCACAAGCAAAGAAGAUUUAGGAAUAAUAUGUUUUAACUUUUCCAAACACAUUCCAGAUCUAUUUAUUGUAGCCCUUGAAGGUGGCUUAAUAGCUAGAUGCUCUGUUCUGGGAAGUACUAAAAUCAAAGGACCUGAUAAAAACAUAGCAUUUGAUCCUAUCUUUAAAUACUACCAACCCCACAAAGGUGAAAUAGCGUCUGUGAAAUUUUCGUUAACGCAUAAAGAUAUGUUUCUAACUUGUGGAACUGAUGGAGAAAUUCGAAUAUAUCUAAUCGACCAAGAUGAUCCUGCACAGAUAAUAUUCACUAAAUCCGGUCAAAAUGAUCUAUCAUUUGUGCCGCACGAACAGAAGUUGUUGGCUACUUGUGGUCAAAAAGGCACUUUGGAAGUGUACAAUUUUAUGAAUGGAAAAGCAAUUGAUUUAGUUUUUAACACGAAAAUCACUAAGAGAAAUUUGACCAGUUUAGCCAUCAAUCAAAAGAGGGAAAAUUACGUGGUUAUUGGAAAUGAUAUUGGAGAUAUACAACUAUGGAAUGUACCCUGGAAUAUACUAACAUAAAUGCUACAUUAGCACCUACCAUAAACAAGGGCAGUACAACUUAUCACAACCUACUCCCUAUUCUUGUAUAAAACCCUGUCAAUAAAGACCUACAAAUUAAGUAUCAAA